GUUCGAAAAACACAAUAACAGUGCUUCCACUUUCGAAAACAUGACCCUCACUGAGGAUGCACUAGUGGGCCGGUGGAUACAAGAUUAUGCUGUGUAUAUAAUAAUGUUCGUAUAAUAUAAUAUGUUCGACGUCACAAAGCAUCCUAAAUACCUUGCGAUUUUCGAGGGCAUUUUUGUUCCAAAUUGUUACGAUAAUAAAGUAUUUUAAUUAAAAAAUAUUGUAAGCCAGAGCUUCAGCUGAAUAGAGGAUAAUUAUAAGUUGAUAUUUUCUUUGACCAAUCGUAACGCACUAUUCUAAACCAAUCACGUUUCAGACAAUGCAGACAAUCCGACCAAUAAGCGAUUCAAACCAAUAGUGAUUACUGCAAACCUAUUUACAAACACUGGGGUUAUAUACACAGAUAAGUGAUUAUAUACAACACGUGUUGACUCUUGACAGUUGAAAGUUGAAACAUUGUUAUUUAUAUCGGCAUCACAAAAUUUUUGAAAUUCCGAUAAUGGAUAAGGUCCCAUCCAUCGCUUAUUCGUGCGAAGAAGUAUCGGAAUGGCUUAAACUCAAUGGAUUUGAAACGUUUAGUGAUAAAUUUAUCGAAGAGGAUGUUGACGGUGAAGCGCUCGCUCUUUUAUCUGAGAAUGCACUCGAGUCUCUUGUCGACAAAGUUGGGCCAAGAAUGAAGCUUUUAGGCGUUAUUAAGAAGAUGGUUAGGAGUGAUUCUGAGUCUGUUGAAAGCGGCAACAGUGGUAGCUUGUCACGUUUGCCUUGGGAUUUAGAAUGCCCAAAUAACUCUAAAGAUCAAGAUUCGCCUCGUUGUUCUUCGCCAAUACCAAGGAAUGAUUGCUCCACUGUAAGAAAAACCUGGGUUACACCAUUUUGCCUACCUGAACGAUUUCCCCCAGCUGUACAAGAAGCCUUGUCAAAGAAUAUAGCCUUACCAAAGUUGAUUCGUGUGAAAUUUAUCCAGGCGAUUUAUGACAAGAUAUGCCUUUUUACAAUUUCACCAACACCUGACCAACGCCGUGAUGUAUGUAGGGCAAUUAUAUCAAAAUAUCCUUCCUUGGCAGAUGUUGGUGGCAGCUAUGAAACCUGGUAUCGUCAGUUAGGCGAUAAAGUUAAAAAUGAAUUAAGGCAUGAAAGGAGUGAUCCAGUUGUGCUAGCAAGAAAAAGAAAGUCAAUUGAAGGCUCGGAUUUGACAGCUAAGGUGCCAGGAAGCAGCCGAAGGGGAAUAAUAAAUUGGGAACCUCCUGCUGUUGAUGGUGAGGACCUACAUUCUAACAAAGCCCAUGUUCAAUGGAUGCAGAAGGAGUACCGAAAAAAGCACCCAAACAUGGAAGUCGUUAAGCAGAAAAUGCAACUGACUUUCUCCUUCAGAAGAAAGUACAUAAAUGCUGGGAAGUGUUCCCUUAAUGAAAUUGAUGCGAAAUACCCUUUUUUAUUUGAACAUGAUCAGUUACAAGAUGAGUAUGAAAGAUUGGUGUCUGGCAGUAGUGUUAAAGAUUUGGUUGUUACAAACUUACGUGAGCUUGCACCUAAGAUUUUGAAAGCUGCCAGCAAGAAGAAACUCCCUCAACUUGAAGAACUGGUUCAAGCUUGCGUACAAAAUGAGGAUGAACUGGAUGAGGAGAACAGAUUGACAGAUGAUGAGAAAGUUGUUGUGGCACUUUGUACCUUGCCACACCUUUUGGAAAGGAAAACAAAAAGUAAUCCACAUCCAGAAAAUUUCCUUUAUCAGACAGCAGAAAACCCAGAGGUAUUGUUGAAGAAAGCUGCCAGCCCCAUCAGCCCAUUCAUCAUCUUCGUGGAGGACAGUGAUGGUCACAUAAUGAACAAAAUGUUUGUUGCAGGGGAAAAACAAGUUUGUUUGGAAACAGAUAACAUUUUUUCAGCAGUAUCGUCCCUUUUGUUUUUGUAUUAUGUUUGUAAUUUAGAGUACCCGAAACAGUGUUUUAACACGUUCCUUUUUUUACAACGUACUGUUCUAAAUAUUUUUGACCGGGUAAGAGUGCCAACCAAAGUUUUAUUAUUCUUAAAUGAACUGGAACAGUGAACAUGAAGUAUUAGGCAUAAGUCCAUGUUAUAUAGCUGGUUUGUAAAUUUGUUAUGUACAAUAUAAUAUAAUGUAAUAUAUUCUGUCAUAUAGAAAUAAAUAUGUUUUUACCUUACCACUGCACUAGAAUUAAUUCAUUUCGUGGCACCGGGCCAUUGUUUAGAAGAGCAUUUUUAUUCUUUUGGUGUACUUAUACACCAGAUCGGUGUCUAUAUUACUGAAAGCAUAUUUACACUAAAUAGGCGUAGAAAACCCUUUGGAAGGGUAAGUUUACCCUCGCGGUGUAUUUAUACACCAGAUCGGUGUCCAUAUUACUGCAAGCACGUAUACACUAAAUGGGCGUAGAAAAACCUUUGGAGGGGUAAGUUUACCCUCGCGGUGUAUUUAUACACUAGGUCGGUGUCCAUAUUGCUGCAAGCACGUUUACACUAAAUAGGCGUAGAAAAACCUUGGGAGGGGUAAGUUUACUCUCGCGGUGUAUUUAUACACGAAGUUGGUGUUCAUAUUGCUGCAAGCGUUUUUACGCGAAAUAGGUGUAGGAAAACCUAUAGAGGUGUUAGUUUACGCUAAUGGUGUAUAUUUACGUCGCCAUAGUGUACCCAUAGCUGCAUAAAUUCUACCCAUGAAUAGUGUAAAUUAACCCAAAAUAUAGCGUAAAUAAACACCAUAUUAGUGUUCAUAUUGCUGCAAGAUUUUACACCGAUUUCGGUGUUGUGCCAACACUCCGAGAUUUACAGU